UCUAUACAAGGUUUAAAAAACAAAUACUCUUACUUGUGUCGCAAUGGUUUGUGAGAUUCGCGAAAUUCAAGAACGCGCCCCAAUAAGUGGUAAACUGGGGCAUUUGGCAAUUUUCAACGCGGUACAUAUAUAUAAAAAGCCUUGGUGAUUAUACACCAUCAGUCUGGUUCUGGAAAUAUCAGUUGCAACUUCAGAAAUGCAAUUUUUUAUGCUCUUUGCUGUUUUGGCCUGCGCGGCUGCUGGUCCAUUGUAUAUGGCCGAAGACGUUCACUAUACUCUGCCAUCCAAGACUACCAUCACGAAAAGCAGUGUAGCAGUUAACCAUGGAAGUGAAGUGGUUGCUAGCGUACCAGUUCACAGUAUGCCAGUGGUACCAGUCCACCCAAUUCAUAUUUUGCACGCCGAGCCCAAGAAAACUACAGUAACCAAGAGCAAUGUGUCCAUAAACCAUGGUAGUACACAUUUGGUCCACACUGUUCCGUUGGUGCAUGCUUCCCCCGUACAUAUUUUACAUGCUGAACCUAAGAAAACAACUGUGACCAAGAGCCAAUUAUCUGUAAAUCACGGUGGCACUCAUGUAGUGCAUGCACCAGUAGUUCACACGGCUUCGGUUUUAGUGCACGCUGUACCAGUGAAAACUCAUGUACAUCACGUUCAGCCGGUGCAUGUGGUACACUCCUCACCAGUUUUAGGAAGGGUUGGCGAUGCUGCUAUAUCUCAUCACAGCUCGACUGUUCACAAGACUGAACCUCUUUCUUUAAUUGCUGUGCACCAUUGAUUU